UUCAUAACUGAACAGCUGUCCAGGAGUGGUGCUCAUGUAAUCGGUGUUUAUUCUUUAUUUUUCCAAAAACCUAAAUAAAAUCGUGAAAGAUGUUGCGCCGUUUUGUGCAAUUGGGUGCCCGUGAACUGAGUCGAACUCAGUCCACAUCCGCCGCUUCCGAGAAGUGGGAUCUCUAUGCCGGCGUAUUGGUGGAGCGCCUUCCGGUGGUUUCAAAGAGCCUCAAUCCUCUGGAGAAACAGUUUCAGGAUCUUCUCUGGCGCGUGGAGUACGAGAACAGCCUGAAGUCCGAUUUUGAGCUCAAGAACGAGCGUGAUCUCGUCCAAGCAGAACUAAUCAAGAAGGGAAAGAUGCAGGUGGACCUAGAGGACAGCGGAGCAAAACAGACGGCACAGGACCUAAAGGAUGCUUACAUCGAGGAGCUCAAGAAGUUCCAAUUGGGUUCACGCACUACCGCAGACGACAAGGCCAACAAGACCAGUUCCACGGACCGCUGCCUAGAGGACACACUGUACCUGCUCGUUCAGCAGAAGCUGGGGCAGCAGCAGCACCUUAUCCUGCCGCAGGGCAAGCGCCAAGAGGGCGAAUCCAUGCGACAGACCGCGGAGCGAGUUCUCCGCGAGCAGUGUGGCCAGGAUUUGCAGGUGCUCUUCUACGGAAACGCACCUGUCGGCUUCCACAAGUACAAAUAUCCGAGCAACCAGAGGACCGAGAGUAUCGGGGCCAAAGUCUUCUUCUACAGGGCAUCCGUGCGGUCAGGUCAGGUUUCCGAGAAGCAGGCCAAGUUUGAAUGGCUGCCCAAGGAGGCUUUGAACAGUAAACUGACGAAUGCAUCAUACUCGGAGAGCAUUAACAAGUUCUUGUUAUAAUUCUAAUUCUUCAACCUGUUUUUAUACGUCCGGAUUAAAUAUAAAUGAGUUAAUACAUUAAA